AUGCGCGAACUUCUGCCCAACGUCCAAUCCGCGAGCGGCGGCGACCGAGUGUGCUCGCGCCCCCGCCGGUGUGUGCUCUCCCCGCGAGCACCGCCGCGCGUGAUUCCCAGGGAUCACGACAGGCACAACCGAGGGCUCGGUGCUCUCGUGUGGUUGGCACUUCGUUACUCGGAGCGCAGGUUAAGUGAGCCUGGCUGCGCAGCAGAAUGGAUUCCCAGAGAUCCUCUACCUGAGGGCUUCCAGCCAGAACACGUGGCCACGCCUGAACUUCGGGCGUAUCCAGGUAGGUCCCACCCACCUGCACUGCCCCUGGAGGACUGUAACAACCAUCAGGUGCCAGAAGAGGAGCUCAGAGCGUCUGCACCCGAGCGCAGUCUGGUCUGUGGACCCUCACAGCUGCACCGACGGCAUUCGGGCAUGACUCUUCCUCCUGGGCUCCCCUCGAAAGGCGCCCGUUAUCGCAACCUUCGAGUCGAUGAGUACUGGGGAGAAGUUCAGGAUAUGAACUGUAACGCGGGCUCAGUCAUCGUCGUUAGAAAAAACUACGAGAAACAGCUGCAGUCCCAACAUGAGCAGAAGGCUACAGCAAGAGACGGGGCAGGUCACAAGCAGCUCCGGGAGGACCGGGGCCGCCACGGGUGCAGCCAUGAGGGCCGAGGAGAGCAGCAGCAGCAGGGGCAGGAAGAGCAGCAGGGACAGAAGCAGGGAGCAGAGAAACAGCGAGGGCGGGAGGAGGAGGGACGCGGAGAAGAGCUGGAGCGGGGGAAGCAGCAGGGGCAGAAGGAGAAGCUGGGGAAGAAGAAGCAGGAGCACGAGGAGAGGAAGCAGGAGCAGAAGGAGAAGCAGGAGCAGCAGGGGCAGGGGGAGAAGCAGGAGCAGGAGAAGCAGGGGCAGGAGAAGCAGCAGGAGCAGGAGCAGCAGGGGCAGGGGGAGAAGCAGGAGCAGGAGGAGAAGCAGGGGCAGGAGAAGCAGCAGGAGGAGAAGCAGCAGGAGAAGCAGGAGCAGGAGGAGAAGCAGCAGGAGAAGCAGGAGCAGGAGGAGAAGCAGGGGCAGGAGAAGCAGCCGGAGCAGGAGGAGAAGCAGGGGCAGGAGAAGCAGCAGGAGCAGGAGGAGAAGCAGGGGCAGGAGCUGACCGACGGGCUGACCGAGGCGGCUACUGGAGAUGCACUGCCCCAGAACAAGCAGAGACGCCUCCGUCGCACCACGUUUACCCGGUUACAAGUGAAUGAGUUGGAGAGUGUUUUCCAACGUAUUCAAUACCCGGACGUGUCAUUAAGGCAGGAGCUUGCUGUCCGCAUGGACUUAACUGAAACCCGAGUGCAGGUUUGGUUUAAGAAUAGGAGAGUGAAGUGGAGGAAAUACCAGAAGGCAUCCAUGAUUGGAAAUAUGCCCCCAGUGGGUCAAAACCACCCGUCGGGCAUAGUCUUGAACGGACUCUUCUCCCCCUGCAGUCUGAUCGGAAAUGGGUUCUUCUGGAACCACAGUCACCUGAGCUGUAUAUGUCACCCAGGUUAUCCGUAUCACUUAGGGUACCCAUGCCAACCCUGCCUCAGCCCUUCGUGUGUCCCUUUUACUUGACCUCUUUUAGUGUGGAAUGUGUGCCAGGCAUCAGGAGCCGUUUUAUUAUGCUCCUUUUUGAUGUGUGAUUUCCAUGAAGAGUUGUUGCAAAGCGUUUUCCUUUCAGAUUCUGUGCAUGCCUUGCACAGCUUUGGGAGUUGGCCAGUUGCCUAUUAAUUGAUUUUAACAAAAGAAUAUUCGGAAAUGCCUCAUUUUUUCACUAGGGCAUGAGUUUGUAAUGUUUCAAUAAAUAUUAGAUGAA